AUGGCGUUAUCAGUGAGAUUGGGUCAAGAAAUGGAGGUUAAUUGUAUAGUUAAUGACUACAUUUCAUACUACCUGCAGAUGAAUGGUUAUGAAUGGGGAUCUGUGAAUGCUACUCCGUCUAAAGUGAAUAGUUCACUAAGAUCACUAGCAAAUGAUUUCAAAACUAAAUAUCCAGACAGAAUUUUGAAAAUGACUAAUGAUCUCAAUAUACAUCCGUCUAAUGCCUGCCCUAUUCUCUUGGGAGUUUCCAACGAACUAUUUAGUGAUGGGGUCACUUGGACGAAAAUCGUCGCAUUCUUUGUAUUCGCCAGCGAAAUGGCUCUCAUUUGCCAUAGAUACGGGAGCGACACGAAAAUAGUCAACGACGUGGCAGAAUGGUCUACCUCGUAUAUUAAAUCUAAUUUACUAAUGUGGAUUACAUGUAACGGCGGCUGGAAUAAUCUUGUGACUUAUUUCGAACAAUACCAUGCCAUAUAA